AAGCGCAGAGGACCAUCUUGCUCACGGUUCGCGUCCGGUUAUUAGGUCUGGGAUUUUUGUGUGCACGCCCUCUCGCCGUUGCAUUGCGGGUAGACUUCGGCGGCGGCUCAUGGCGUCGCUGCGGUCCGCUGUGUCCACCUCUCUGCCGCCGAUCCGGGCGGCGGUUUCCAGGAUGAAGAAGGAGAUGGUGCGGCGGGAGCUGGAAAACUGCCACCUCCUGGCCGGGAUCUGGUGCCACGGCCUCACGGUGCGCCAGCUGCAGGCCCUCCGGGGGGCGCUCCCCCCGUCGGCCAAGCUGAUUGUGGCCAAGAACACCCUGGUGGAGAAGGCCAUCGCCGGUACCCGGUGGGAGCCCCUCCGGCCCUGCGCCAAGGGCAUGAACGCCUGGCUCUUCGUCCACUCCGACGAGAUCCCCCCCGCCCUCAAGCCCUGCCGCGACUUCCAGCGCGAUUUUAAGCUCGCUCUCAACGACUUCACCGGGGCUGUCUUCGAGGGUCGCCUCUACGGUCCGGACGACUUCCAGGCCCUCGAGACCAUGCCCACCCGUAUGGAAUCGUACGCCUAUCUUCUUGGCUGCCUGCAGACGCCCGCCGUGUCGCUUCUCAGCAUCUUGCAGGCGCCCGACACGGAUGCUGAUCAGGCUGCCGAAGGAGCUGCGGCGGCGGCCGCCUCUGAGAAUUAAAAGCUCGACGAUUGAUUGCAGUGAUGGUCCAGUUUUGCUUUCUGUAGGUCAUCAGUUAGCAUAAAAGCAGGUUCUAGCUCUAGCAGCUAUGAAGUCAAUGGGCUGGUGUGUAAUUUAUGGCUGUUUCAUAAACUUGAACCUUGAUCUUACUAAAUCUACGCAGACAUAUGCAGUGGAAAACCGGUUCUCAUUACUGAUUGCUAUUCUAAGGUUUCAGCUCAUGAUUAAAAUUGAGCAUUUCUAUGGACUA